UAUAAUUAAUGUGAAGUAUUUGUUUAUUCUGUUAGAUGGCUCUGAGUCCGCUGUUUAAAGUGAAUGAGGAUGGAGAUGGAGUGACGAGAGUGCGAGCUCACAGACAGGCACAUGCUGCAGUCACGAGGUAUCAAGUUCUGGACAACACCAGCGGCUGCAGUUUAGUGGAACUCCAGCCUCUCACAGGUGUGAAAAACCAACUUCGAGUGCACAUGGCUUUAGCGUUGACCUGCCCCAUUCUUGGCGACCAUAAAUAUUCCCACUGGAGCAAACUAGCACCCCAGAAGCUGCCUGAGGGUACGCUGCGCCGGCUGGGCCUGGUUCAGAGUAAAACACGAUACCUGCCUCUUCAUCUACACUCCCGAAGGAUCGUCCUGCCAGGGUUCAAAGGUCACAGAGACAUUACGGUGUCCUGUCCCCUUCCCAAAUACUUCAUCAACGCAUUGAAGAGGCUGGAGAUCCCACUGCCGGCAAAAGAAUAAGAUUUAUGAUCUCUUCUUACUUUUGCAUCGAGGACUGGAUUUGACAUGGUUGAAAAUGGACCUUCUGCUCGGAUGUUUUGUAUGAAAUAAAUAAAAGACCAAUAAAAAUGUUCUGCAAACUAAAGAUAUAAUCAAGUCUUCAUUAGUUAUCAGUGUCAAAAAUAAACAAACCCAUAUCCUUUAAGGUGAAAUACUUGCAUAUAGAUUUAUAUAAAGACAGUUUUUUAUAAUUAGACUAUAACUGAUUACUUAACAAGCAAUCAGAAUAAUUGGAAGUCACAAAUGCAAAAAUCUGUUGUUAAUUAGAGGGUAGGGCUGCAGUAUUAUGAUACUAUGCUCUUGUGUAGACCAUCAUUUUAUACUGUAUUCAUGCAAACAGGAUGUUAUGUCAUGGCUCUACAGGCUGAACUUCAUAUCAGUCCAUGACGAUACAGUAGUGAAUUAUGCUAAAGAUCAAAUUAAAUUCUGAAACGCCUUUGAUUGAU